CUCCCUGGGCAGCGCCCGCCCAGCCCUGCCCGUCCCCCGCCAUUUCGCACCGGGACGGGAAGGGAAGGGACCCGGAGCGGGAAGGGAAAGCUGAGGGGAGGAAGGGACGCGACUCGGGCACGGCGGGUGCCGGGAGCUCCCGCGGCACGGCCAGCCAGGGAGGGAGCUGCUUCCCGGUAAUAGUAGAGGAUCCUGACGCUGAAUGAGAAAGCACCGGCAGCAUCCUCGUUGCCCAGCUCUGCUUAAUGUUGGUUUCUUUGUCAUCAGGUCUGCUAAAAAAUGACAGAGUAUAAACUUGUGGUGGUUGGAGCUGGUGGUGUAGGCAAGAGCGCCUUGACAAUACAGCUAAUCCAGAAUCACUUUGUGGAUGAAUAUGACCCCACAAUAGAGGAUUCCUACAGGAAGCAAGUAGUAAUUGAUGGAGAAACCUGUCUCUUGGAUAUUCUUGAUACAGCAGGUCAAGAAGAAUACAGUGCAAUGAGGGACCAAUAUAUGAGAACAGGGGAAGGCUUCCUGUGUGUGUUUGCCAUAAACAAUACAAAGUCUUUUGAAGAUAUUCACCAUUAUAGGGAACAAAUAAAGAGAGUUAAAGACUCAGAAGAUGUCCCGAUGGUGCUAGUAGGAAACAAAUGUGAUUUGCCUUCCAGAACAGUAGACACAAAACAAGCUCAGGAUUUAGCAAGAAGUUAUGGAAUUCCUUUCAUUGAAACAUCAGCAAAGACAAGACAGGGUGUUGAUGAUGCCUUCUACACAUUAGUUCGAGAAAUCAGAAAACAUAAAGAGAAGAUGAGCAAAGAUGGUAAAAAGAAGAAAAAGAAGACAAAGACAAAGUGUAUAAUUAUGUAAAUACAAUUUAUCCUUAUUCUUAAGAAGUACUGAAGUAAUUUUGUACAUUACACUAAAUUAUUAGCAUUUGUUUUAGCAUUACUUUACUUUCUGCUUCAUGAUCCUGUUAGCUUUACCUGAAUGCUUGUUUUAAAUGACAGUGGAAACUUCAUUCCUCUUAAAGUGCCAGUAUUCUUUGACUGUUGGUUCUUGAACUAGCAUUGCCUAUGAAAAGAAAAAAAAAAAAAACAACAAAACCCCAAAACAAACAAAAAAAACCCACAAAAAAAACCUGAGAACUAGGACUCUUUGGUGCAUGCACAGUUGCUAACUUCCUAUUUUUCUUACUGAUUGUGAACUUCUGUGUGCAAAGCAAACAAAUGAUGCUCUACACAUUUUAACAUCCCCUCUGAAUUUUUGGGUUUAUAAAUUUGGUUGGGAAAAAGGAUUAUUUAGCAAAAGAAACUUUCAUUUCAGCCUUUCCUUUAUUUUAGACUAAUUGCAAUAGAGACCAGAAGCCUUUAUAGUCUUCCUGUAGAUUUUGCUUCUAGGCAUCUAGUCUUGUAGCAUUUCAGAUCAACUUUAAUGAAUGUAAAGAGAAAACUUUCAAAAAAAUUUCACUGCAAUUUGUCACAGUCACUUCUUAAAUACUCUAUUUUUUCUAUAAAAA